UAGUAAUCAGUAGUAGUGUUGUGGGAAGUGAGAGAUUGGUGCGUCCCAUAUGGUCAGUGACGCUCGUAUACAACAUAGCAAUAAACUUGUUCUUUUGAUUUUGUGAAGAGCGACGAUGAACUGACAAGAUGAACGUACAGAACCUCAAACGUCACUUCAACAGCCAGGACGCGCGGCCGAGCUCUGUGGAGGCCCUCAGGCUACAAUUCAGCAACCCCGAGUCGCGACCUAGCCCUGCUGUGGCGAGGACACAGAUACCAGUGGCUAGGUUCGGACAACGGCCUCCGACCUCCCCUCAUGGCAGCGACCUGCUGACCAAUGGUCACUCUGUGACGUCACCUACCAGCAAUGGCAACUACACGACACAACUGUCGCCGACGCCGACGCCGGACCGAUGGAGGCUCAAGUAUGAGGAGGCCGAGAAGAGGCGGAAGACACUGCUCUCUCAGAACCAGAAACUGUCCAGAGAUCAUGAGGAGAUGCUACGUAAGCAGUCUCAGCUACAGAGGGAGAUGGACCUCACACGCAAGGAGCUAUCAGACAGGGAGACUCAGCUCAACCAGCUCCGCAAGUUAUCAGAGGCUGUGUACAAAGAGUAUGACCAAUUGAAGAAUCAGUUUGAGUUGGAGACAGGAACGAUGCAGAAGGCGAUGCAAAGGGCAUCUAUGUGGUACAAGGAGAACCGAGAGCUGAAGCGACGCAGCACAUUCCUGAUGCAGAGGAUGAUGCAGUUUGCUCCUGAAGGUGUGGCAGACUUACCAGCAGAUGACACGGACUCUGGCCAUGGCACUGACACCGACGACUUUGAGGAGCUCAGGAAAACUGUACAAGACCUGAACCAAGAUGUAGCUAGACUGCAGGCGGAGGUGAAUGCCGCAAGAUUGCAGGAGUUUGAGGCUCAAGAGACUAUCAUGGAUCUCACGGCUCAGUUGGACGAGGAACGAAGGUCAAGAUCAAACCUGGAGGGUGAGCUCAAGGAGUUGCGAACGAUGCGGGACAACCUCGGACAGGUGAGCAGACUAGUGGCAGCGGAGGUGACAUCUCUCAGGGAGCAGUGUGAAAGAGAGAAGGAGACUGCACAGAGAAUGAGACAGGAUGCGGACAAAGCCAAAAAGGAGCGCAAUGUGUUAGCACACCAGAGUCAGCUGUUGAUGUGCGACGUGGCUGCUGACCAGCGUCUCAUGCAGGUCGUCUUGGAGGUGGAGAACCUCAAACGGUCACUAGAGGAGGAGCAGCAGAGACAUGCAGCGGAAAUCCAAGCGUUACAAGAAAAAUUAGAUGAAAGGGAUGGAGAAGCUCAGCUUGAACUUUUAGAAGAAAAACUUAAGCUAGCUGAAGCUGAACUGCAGUGUGCCUUGCAGAGAGCAGAGAGAGCAGAAAACAUGACUGAACAGCUAUCUGACAAAGUGUCCAAUCUGGAGGAGAAGCUAGAGAAGACCAGCAAGGCCCCUCCACCUCCUCCCCCUCCGCCACUGCCACCGCCACCUCCGCCCAUGCCACUGCUGACACCAGCCACUGUGACCUUGAGGCGACGUCCCAGCUGUGACGGAGCUGAGGCCCCCGUCCCUAGCAGUGCGGUCCUGGAAAUGGCCAAUUUGCUGGGGAUAUCAAGGAAGAACACAAACACUCCUCCAGUACCUGGGGCCAUCGACGACAUAAUCAACCAGAUUAAAGGUGGGCGCUUCAGUUUAAGAUCAACUGAGCCAAAGCCAAAGCCAGCCAAAGUUGAUGAGCAGCCUCCGGUUGUCCAGGAGAUGAUCAACGUGUUAGGAACUCUGCGCAAGAGAAGAACUCCGAGCAUGCGGCGACAGCUUGAUAAGGCUCCCGCAGAUAUUCAUCUUUGAUCAUCAAACCUUGUACUAGAUCACAAUGUAAUUCUUCAAAAUUUUUAAACAAAAUUUUUUUUAUGUUCAAGUUAAAUUUCACACUCAAAACCUUUAUGUAAGAGGAGUAAAAGGCUUAAUAGAAAGGAUUGCAACAAUGCAAGACAAAACCUUAAUCAAAAUCAAUUAAUUUUGGUGUAAUGGGCGAUUAGAAGCUAUUAUGUUAGUAACGAUCAGUUUACUGCAAUUGAAAAGAAAAGAAAAUCAAUUACUGGUACCACCGAUCAUUCAUCAUUCAUCAGUAUUGUACAUAUGAUGUAGUAUUAGGUUCAAACAGUUUAUUUUUAAUAAAUAUUUAAAUUUAAGUCUA